GAGUUCCGGGAGGAGGAGAAUUUCAUUACUAUUCAUUUGCAUCCAUGGUGCCAACAUCGCUACUUUAAAACUGAAGAGGGAAUAGAAAAUCGAUCAUAAACGCUGGUCUAUCCCAAAUGUGGAGAAUUUCAGAUAAACUACGACUGCAUUUUAUUUGUUUCCAGGCAGCGGAAACAGUUUACGCGCAGUAGCUUGGUAAUUAACUGAUAGGAAGAUUUCUGACCUUCGAUCACAGUUUACAGGCAGAGAGCUGGGUCUCGCUUUAGACUUGAGGCGUUGAAGGAAAGGUUAGAUGCCUCAUCAGGAACAAAGAAUUUUGCCAUUGGACUAGAGAGCCAAAACUUCAAGAAAUAUAUUUAUCACAAUGAACCAUCAAGAAGAUAAUGAAUGCUUUGCAAACUAUGCAUAUCACCACUCAGAAACACUGGAAAUGGACAGAGGUUCACAGAUGCGAUCUUCUACAUUCCGUACAACUUCAUUGCCAUCUUCCGACCAGGAUCUGUAUGAUUCAUCCAAUGUUUGGAGAAAUUGGGACCGGCCAGAGACUAUACAAAUGACAACAAUUGGAAGAGAACACAGUGAAUUAAGACCUCGACUCACUAAUAUGAAUCCAUAUGAAAAUAACACUGGAUUUGUUAAUCCUGGAUUUGAACCAAUAACAGAUGAAUCUUAUAGCUCUGCUUCAUCAAUGUAUGACGGGCAUAGCCAACAAGAUCAUUCAUUCAUUCCCGACCUUCACGGAAAUGUUGACAUUUCAAACCAAGAGUCAGCUGCAGCAAAAAGGCGUAGAAGCAUUGGAACUGCAAAACGAUUAGCAUCCUUGGCUGGCUUGAGUUUUUCACAGUUUAUAAAACCAGAACUGGAAAUAAGUGAAGAAGAGAAAGAAGAAAAGAGAGCGCUUGUUGCUGAACUGGUGACUUUAUCACCCAAUGAAAGAGCGAGGGCCAUUCAAGAAUUGACAGUGAGCAUGGAUGAGAAACGAGAGAUAAGGGAUCAGGUGUAUCUGGAGAUUGGGCCAAAGUCAAUGGAAGCAGAUUAUCAGAUAGCUAGCUGCACCCAGCUUCUGACUAGCAUAUCAUCUUCUCUUCGACGCUUUCGUGAAAACAUGAUUGAAAUUUUCCAUUCAAUUCAUCCCUGGCAUAGAUCCCUGAAAGUUAUUGGUGGCAAGUUCGGAACAGGUGUUCUCUCUUAUUUCACCUUCCUCAAGUGGCUGCUUAUGUUUAAUGUCUUUUCCUUCCUGAUUAACUUCAGCUUCAUUACCAUCCCACAAUUCUUUGCCUUGGGUCCCAACAACCUCACUUUCACAGGCUUGGAGCUUCUCACUGGUGCAGGUUAUUUUACACAGACUGUUUUUUAUUAUGGGUUUUAUACUAAUGCUAGCAUUCAAGCAAGUCCUGCUGCUGGAAUGUAUAAUAUGCAACUUGCUUACUUCCUCACAUUUGGAUUCUACAUGCUGAUUUGCUUUCUGUCUCUGGUUUACAGCAUAGCAAAGUCAUUCAAUGAAAACUUCACAACAAUUGGCACUUCCUCUGGUGAGGCAGCCAGGCUUCUAUGUUCAUGGGAUUUUAACAUUACUAAUGAAAAAACAGUACAACUGAAAAAAACGAGCCUGAGCACACAGUUAAAGGAAAUGUUAUCAGACAAAAUGCAUUACAAGAGGCAACUAACAAGAAAACAGAAAAUCGUGAGAUGUUUAAUUCAUCUGAUGACUUGGAUUAUUUCGUUAGGUACAACAUUAGGCUGCUGUAUGGGAGUUUAUUUCUAUUCUGUUUCCAAUUUUCAGGUUAUUCAAAAAGAUCCAACAAAGGAAGAAUUACAAAAGCAAGCAGCAACAUUGUUUUUGCCUUUUCUGGUGGCAAGCAUCAAUCUAUUCAUACCAUUAUUCUUCUCUUUCCUUGGCUUUAUGGAAAGAUUCAAAUAUCCAUGGCAUGAGAUAUAUGUUCUUAUUAUAAGAAAUGUUUUGCUGAAGAUGUCAAUAAUUGGAGUUCUGUGUUACUAUUGGUUGGUGAUAGUAGCAGAUACAGUGGAGUGUUGGGAAACAUUCGUAGGUCAAGAUCUCUAUCGACUUGUAGUGACUGAUUUUAUCUUCUCCUUAUUCAGUUCCUUCUUUGGGGAAUUCAUUCGAAGCGUUAUGGGGACACAUUGCUGCCCAAAACUUGGAAUACCAGAAUUUGACAUUGCAAGGAAUGUAUUAGCAUUGAUCUAUGCACAAACACUUGGAUGGAUUGGACUUUUCUUUGCUCCUCUUUUACCAGCAAUACAGAUCAUUAAGUUCUUCAUUACAUUUCAUGUUAAAAAGGUUAGCCUAAUGAUGAAUUGUCAGCCACCUCGCAUGGCUUGGCGAGCUUCCCACAUGACGACAAUCUUCAUUUUCCUGUUGUUCUUUCCUGCCUUUAUUGGGGUUCUUUGCCUGAUAGGUGUAACUGUGUGGAGAUUGAGGCCUUCUGAAUUCUGUGGCCCCUUCAGAGGAUUAAAUGUCCCCUAUAGUUCCAUUUCUAGAUUUAUUCAUGGGAAGAUUUAUAAACUGGAGGGGCUUACAUGGAUCUACGACAACUUGCUUGUGAACCCACUAUUCUUCUUCAUCUUAACAAUUAUUGUGUUUGCUAUUAUUUACCUGUAUUGGCAAAUUAUAGACGGGCGUAAAAUGAUGGCAAAACUCUUACAAGAACACAUUAUUAAUGAAGGAAAAGACAAAACAUACUUGCUACAAAAACUCAAUGCCUUGAAGAUAAGGGAAGUUUCUGAUGAGGCGAUUAAUACAAUAAAAUUCAGAAAGGAGCCAGACCAACAAUUUCAAACAAGAGCUUCUGAAAGUUACAAUACCCCACUUCCAGGCUAUGCAGAAGAAUCACCUGGUCAUGACAGAAGAAAAUAUUAUUUAGAGCCUAAUCUGCAACUUGUGGGAAGAAGAGGAAGUCGUCAAUACAGACAACGAUUGGCUGAAGAUUCUGUGUCUACCAGCAACACAGAAGAGUUGAAUAUAACCGGUGAACUUGAGAGAGAAGAUCAGGGGCAAUCAAGACCAAGUGCGAGAGAAGAAGCUAGCAUUGCUCUUGCACUGGCAUUGGCUGCCAAGCAUCAGGCAGAACAGCAGCACCAACAAUAACUGUUUCUGAGAUAAUUCCCAGUGCUCUGUGUGACUCGAGAAAUCCCCAAGAGGACUUAAAUAAGAAAAAAAAUCACAGGUAACAUUAAGUGGUGGAAAAAUCUUGCCUAUUGCAGCAACACUUUUCCACUGAACCACCUCAGGUGACCCCCUGGAUAGCGCUGCCCACAGUACUUUCAUAAAUCUACCUGAUCACUGCAAGAGUUUUGAAUGUUAAUGUAAGCCCUUCACAGUUUUUUGGUGGUCUAUUGGCUCUAAGAAUAAUUGGGAGCAUUUAUAAUAGUUACUCAAGCUAAUAAAUGUUACUCCAUGUGCUCCACUUUGUAUCGCUAGAAAUAGAAAUUAGAUAAUCUAACCCAAUGAAGUUGUAUGCCUAGAAAUGUGGAUCACAUAACCUUUCUUUCCAGCACUGUGUGAUUAAAAAGCAAUUCAACCAGGGAUUAUUUGCAUUUCCAACCAUAACUUAUAAUUAAUAUUUUAAGUAGAUUAUAUUGGAAAAUUACCCUAAAGUAACUGCAACAUAUGCUUCAAUAAGCUACAAAAAGAUUAUUUUUCCUUAACUUGCAACUCAAUAAUAGUUAACAAUUAACUUAUAAAAUCCAAUACUUUUAUUUAUGCUUGUACUUUACCUCUUUCAAUUACAUAAGCUUGGUCCAUUCACAUUUUGGUAAAUUUUUGUGCCUUGUUCUAAUGCUGAUCAGUAUGAUAUUUCCUCAUUUCGGGCACAUGGAUGCAGAAAUUUUGUUGGGAGUUCUGGUUUCCUGUACUAACUUGGGGGAGAAAUGGACAAGUUAUGUCACUUCUCCAGGGCUGCUGGCAUUCCCCCACUGAAGUUCUAGCAGAAAUAUAGGAGAGCUCCAACAGAGCUUAUAGAUCCUGGUGGUUGCAUUCGGCAGAGUAAAACUCCAGCCACUUUACUUCUCCAAUGUGCUUACAUGUUAACCUUGUAUUUGAGCCAUACACUGCAGCAUUGUGACAUUUCCAUUUUAUGCCUUAUGAUUAUGAAACAGUGCCAAAUUAGGGCUGGUUUUGUUCUCAUGACAAUCAGCUAGGCUGGUGCUGCUCAAAGCAUUUUGCACAUAAUUCUGACAAGCAUGAGUGUGAGACUUCAGUCUGAGCUGGAUUUACGCUGGGUCCCAGUGAAAAAUGUACAAUGAGUUAAAUCAGCGAAACACUUCUCUGAUUUAAUUCUAUUUGAUAUUUCAUGUUUUAACCUGAAGUUUACUGCAAAAUACUCUGGAUGCUGGAAAUCUGAAAAUUACAAGAUGCAGGAAAUGCUCAGUAGGUCGGGCAGCACUUGUGGUGAAGUAUAUUUAAAGUUUCAGGUCAAUAAAUGUUACCACCUGACCCACUGGUCCUCGAUCUGGUUUGUGGCCCGUGUUCACCUCCUGGGUAUACCGCAUGUGCUUUUGGGGCUGCAUAGCUCCCAAAAACCUUGAAUGGCUAGUGCAGCCAUCCCACAAGCUUCAGGCAGAGCAAACCGAGGCCCUUCCACAGACCAUGGUUCAUUUCCCAUCAUCAGAGACAUUUGGAAACAGUGGAAAUACAUAAUUAAAAAUGUAAAACAAUUUUAUUUUAAAAUACAUUUAAUUGAAAACAAUAAAUAUUCAUUAAAAUUAAAAAAAUCCCUUCAGGUUCCUCAUCAAUGAAGGUCAGUAAUUCCAUUCAAAUGUACCAGACACUCCAGCCAUGACUAGAGUAGCUGAAUGGCCAGGUAUUAAGUGUAUUUAUCUCUUCAGUGAAGGUGCAUGGUGGUUAGCCAGCAUUUCUUAAAGGAAUCACCAAAUAGCUCCCAGGACAAUCUGACCAAUUAACUCUGCCUGUCUCUCCACAGAUGCUGCCUGACUUGCUAAGUGUUUUUGACAUUUUAAUGUUUAUUUGUAAAAGUUCAUGCAACAACUUUAAAGUGGAAGUGUUGUAAAUAAUUGCUGUAUCUAUACAAGAAGAUUCAUUUGUAUAUAAUUUUGUUAGUCUUAAGUACAUGGAGCAAAAAAAAACCUUAAUUAUUAUCAGACACUUCCUCUGAUUAAAAAUAGACUAUUCACAAGAUCAAAGUAUGAGAUGCUUGUCAUUAUGGUGCUGAUCACAGCUAACAGAUAAUAGCAAGGCUAUAAUUCAAACCAGGCAGUUAUGUUUAAGGUACAUUUGGUUUACAGUUGUUAGUGAAUUUAAAUGCAUUAAUCUUAUCACCACAAUUUCUUCCAUGUAAAAAAAAUAUAUCAAGUGACAGUACUGAAUACAUAUGAGGGAAGAUGAUCAUACUCAUCCAUGCAAUAAAUAUUGUAGCAUUGUUUUUUA